CACAUGAGUAGCUUCGAUGCGCACCGUGUAGGCUUCUACCGUGUAACAUGCAGCAUGUAGGGCUAUAAGAAUCGAGGCGAACACGUCCGUAUUUUAUUCUCUCGAGUGGAAGACUUCAUAGUUCAAGCCUACAUUAGCAACCAUGACAACUAUUGCAGGUGUCAGCGGCAACCAGUACGUCCCCGGGACGAAAGUCUACGACGAGCUUAAAUACCAAUAUGCUACGUCAACCUACGGCGAAGAGCGUGAUCUUAACCCAGGACUGAUUGUCCAGCCUAAGAACAAAGAUGACAUAGCGCUAACCCUGCGAUAUGCAAAGGAGAAGAAGGUCGCAGUAGCUAUCAAGACAGGCGGCCAUCAAUACAGCGGAGCUAGCUCUACAAGCGCUCCGAAUAUCCAACUAGACCUGGAAAACUCAUUCAAGGGGGCCGACGAUCGAACCAUUUUCGAAAAAGACGGGAAAGCGUACGCUCGCACCAGCGUCAGCUGGAGCCUUGGAGAGUUCAAUGCUUGGCUCACCGAGAACAAGAAAUUCGUGCCCCACGGCCAAUGUACUGAGGUUCAUGUUGGGGGCCAUGUCCAAACCGGAGGAUACGGACAAUUGGCUCGUAGCUUUGGCCUUUUCGGAGACCACGUCUUAUCACUUGAGAUCGUGGAUACCGAUGGAAAUUUCAAAGAGGUCACCAAAGCUACAGACCCUGAUCUGUUCUGGGCAUUCCUUGGAGGAAGUCCUGGAAACCUCGGCGUCAUAACUCACUUUACUAUCCAAGUUCACCGGGACCAGGAUUACAACGGAUCUAGGGGUAUGAAGGCGAUGUACUUCUACGAUACUAAGACAUUGAAGCGUCUUAUUGAUAUCCUGGUCGAGAUGUCUGACAACGACGACUUUCCUCGCAACUAUGACCUUUGUAUCAGCGUCCUUAGCUCUGCCUUUCCGCUCCUUGAUCUGUGUCCCGGGAUAGAUGAAUGGAUGGCGCGGGCACACCCGGAGUUUUACGGAAAGAAUGGCCUUAUCGCUUGGCCACGCACUAUAGUGAUAUUUGCGCAGUGGGUGCCUUUCGAGAGCGGAGACGAGUGUGAUAUGUCGUGGUUUGAUCGAAUUAAGGAGGGGUCUGACUGGAUCCUGGGGAACGACAAUGUCCAGGAAAAACCCAUGUCGCAACUAACGGGAGACUGGAUUUUCCGCAACGUAAGGGAAUUUGAACAUCCCUAUGAAAAGAGAGCCUAUGUGACGAGCUCGCGCACGUUGGCUAAGGAUGGCUUUACCGACUGGAUGGUCGGCCGCAUCGAUGAUAUCGUCCGCCCCGAACACAACAAGUGCUGGUUGUCGGCGCAAAUGCAAUGCUUCGGCGGUAAGAACUCGAUGUUCACGCGGAAUGCGGGUAACGGCACGGCAUUCAGUUGGAGAGACACGAGCAUCACAUGUGUACUCGAUGCUUUCUAUGUCGAGGAAUCCAAGGCGCGGGCCGAGGACUGGCAGAAGGUUAACGAUAUGGAAGCGAUCGGACCUAACGGCGUCAUUUCGAAGGAAGACCGCCGGGUGCUGUGGGGUUCUUAUGGCAAUUGGAAUCUAGAUGCCGUUUGGAACACUUACUUUGAGGACAGAGCGAAGUACGAGAAGUUACAACAGAUCAGGAAAAGGGCUGACCCGUACGGCAUCUUCACGCCGAACCCUUUUUGCGUCAAGCGGGCAGACUGAUCACCUUGGGAGUAACAGGGAUAAUUGUUAGGGGAAGAUGAUAAGGCGUCUCAUAAUAUGUUACUAGAUACUUACCUCCCUAUGUACUCUCUUAUUCGUAUGUCUACAGGUAUCAAGCCUCCUUGCAUAGGCCCGACACUCCGCGUAUGGUACCCCUUUUCAUGUUAUAUGCCGGAUGUAUUUCUUGCAGAUGCGGAUGUUUCAUGUAAGAAGACCUAAC